AUGCCGUGGCCAUCCUUUCCAACGGAUAGCAUCACAAGGGUCUUCGUUGGGUGCAGGAAGAAAAUAAGGGGUGCAGGAAGAAAGUACCCAAAAUCACCGGGUGAUGAGAUUUCGAAUAUUGUUCCUCAGAGAACAAGGGUCGAUGGUCAGAGAAUUAAGAAGAGAAAGGAAAGGAGGGAAUGGAUAGUGUAG